AUGGCUGUUUAUAAUUCAUCAGUUGGUUUAAAUCAAGAUGAUUCGGAUAUAACUAUUAUAAAUCCAUCAAUUAUUCAUGAAUCUAAUGAUGACUAUGUAAAUAAUACGUAUGUACCUAUAGUAACACGUUUAAGACAAGCUAAUAAUUCAUCUGAAAAUAGACAAAUAACAAAUUCUCAAUCAAUUACAACUAAUAAUAAUCAAAUUGAUAAUUCAAAUGGUCAACAUGAAUAUAUUAUUGUUGAUCAUAAUCCACAAGAAAGUGCUAAACAACUUGAACAAGUUUUAAUGUUUUAUUUACGAGAUCUUAAACAAGAAAAAAAACCGAAAAUUAAUUGUGUACAAUUAUUAGUAACACGUUUAAUGGAUCUUAUUCGACCAGCAUAUCCAAAUGAUCAAAAAAAAA